AUGGAUCCUCAGUGGCAGCCAUAUCAAGAUCCCUUGAUGGGUGGCCGUCCCGCGCAGUACAAUAAUGGAUUGACGUCGACUCCCUCCAAAUAUGGCGCCCAGCCGGCUUCGUCCCAGCCACCUAUGGGAUACCAGUACGAGGCCUUCCAAACGCCCGCCGGCAUGCCUUCUCGUGCCCUCUCGAUGAAUUCAGGCUCCAAACCCAUGUCCAUUGCCUCGUCGCCCACGGCGCCUCCACGGAAUCGGGAUUUCGUCCCUGAUGCGGAUACCAUGAUGGACGAUAGCGACCCCUACAACCGGGCCAAAUACUCGGUCAGAACGAACCAUUACGCUCGACCAUCCUCUCAAUAUUUUCCUACCGAGGAAUCCACCGCCGCUCGCAGAUAUUCCCCGAAGAACGCUCUCUCCCCAUCGGCCCCGUACAAUGCUAGUCCGGGCAAGUCUCACAAUCCAUAUGCUCUGCCGCCCGGUCAAAAUAACAAUCUUCGGCGCUCACCAACAAAGUCGUCGAAUUACAUGUCGCCGCCCCAGGCGUAUCAGUCGCCUCUAUCUUCGUCUCGCCCCCCGCAUCUUCCUCCGUUGCAGUCGACGUCCACUGAAAUGACUCCCCCGGAACAAUACUACCCAUCGUCGGCUACGUCGCAAUUGAGUGCUCCGUUUGGAUACGAUGGACGGUCACCGCGAUCUGGCUCCAUUUCUGGUGGAAGUCAACAGCCCACUCCUGGCAGGGGUCCGGUGCCCAAAUUCCAGAAAAUAAAGUCGCUCCAGGAGCUCCAACCACGGGUCAACGCACAACCUGCCUACAGACGUGCGAACCCCGAGGGAGGUUUCAUCAGUCCGCUGCACGCGUUGACGACCCACCUUCCUGCCUCUUAUCGGAUAUGCAACCCGAACUUCAAUUACGAAUCCUCCAGAAACCCGCGACGAGUUUUGACGAAACCGAGCAAGGGUGUGAAGAACGAUGGUUACGAUAACGAAGAUAGCGAUUACAUCUUAUACGUCAACGAUAUCCUUGGAAGUGAAGAUGCAGGCCACAAGAACCGGUACCUCAUUCUGGAUGUGCUGGGACAAGGGACAUUCGGACAAGUCGUCAAGUGCCAGAACCUGAAAACGCAAGAGGUUGUUGCCGUCAAGGUCAUCAAGAACAAGACCGCAUACUUCAACCAAAGUAUGAUGGAAGUAUCUGUCCUGGACUUGCUCAAUAGCAAGUACGACAAGAACGACGACCAUCACCUGCUCCGUUUGAAAGAUACUUUCAUUCACAAACAACAUCUCUGCCUGGCCUUCGAGUUGCUUAGCGUCAAUCUUUACGAAUUGAUCAAGCAGAAUCAAUUCCGAGGACUGAGUACGACAUUAGUGCGCGUCUUUGCGCAGCAGCUUCUCAAUGCCCUAAGCCUUCUGAACAAGGCGCACUUGAUUCACUGCGAUCUCAAACCUGAGAAUAUAUUGCUGAAGAAUCUGGAGAGCCCGAUCAUCAAGGUUAUCGACUUCGGGUCUGCAUGCGACGAACGUCAGACAGUGUACACCUAUAUCCAGUCGAGAUUCUACCGUUCUCCUGAGGUUCUCCUCGGAUUGCCAUACUCUUCUGCAAUUGAUAUGUGGUCGCUCGGGUGUAUUGUGGUCGAACUUUUCCUCGGUCUCCCGCUCUUCCCUGGUUCUUCGGAAUACAACCAGGUAUGCCGGAUUGUCGAGAUGCUCGGUUUGCCCCCGACGUGGAUGCUUGAAAUGGGUAAGCAAUCGGGACAGUUUUUUGAGAAGACCCAAGACGAGUUCGGAAGGAAGUCCUACCGCCUGAAGAGUUUGGAGCAAUAUUCUCGCGAGCACAACACCAAGGAGCAGCCGAGCAAGAAGUACUUCCAGGCGUCGACAUUGGAGGAGAUCAUUCGGAGCUACCCCAUGCCGCGGAAGAAUAUGAAGCAAGCGGAAGUUGAGAGAGAAUUAAACAACCGAGUGGCGUUUAUCGACUUCGUCCGUGGUCUGCUGUCAAUCAACCCGCUUGAACGAUGGUCGCCGCAACAGGCCAAGCUGCACCCGUUCAUUACACAGCAAAAGUUCACCGGACCCUUUGUACCGCCGAUGAAUCUGAAGUACGCCUCGCUCAACAAGACCGUCCCGCCUGGAAUCCAGCAGCAACAGCAGGCUGAGGCCGCAAGCAAACAGAGAGCAGCACAAGCGGCACACGCACACACCGCAGCUCAGAAUGCCUACUCGAUGCAAAUGAACCAGUUUCAUCCAUCUCACUCGCAGCCACCCCCGAUGUACAACGGAAUGUUCACUGGCCAGCAAGGUGCACCGCCCCCGUAUCCCACACAGCCGCCGGGCUACAACCAGAUGCAUCUUAUGCCAGGACAAGUGCCUCAGACACAGUACGCGCCGUCGCAAAGCUUGUAUGCCCAGGCGACCACUCGAGCUGGUCGCCAGCGUGCCUCCACCAUGGACCCACAAGGGGUUCCGCCAACGAUCCAGCGGGUUGCUAGUCAUCUCGACCCGAACGCGCCCAUCCGGUUACAACCCAGUCCGGCAUACUACCCGCCGCCACCUGAUGGCUAUGUUGACUCGAAUUCGGCGAACCAGAGGCGACGGGGAAGUCGCGCCGGUGCUACGCGCAACCGAGACUUUAUCCGUACUCUUGAGGAUGGUGUCCUGGGGGGCGAAGGGUUCGUGGGCCAGAAUCAAUGGCAUUGA